GAAGCAGGGCAGGAGGUGGGAAGCGAGGACGAAGUGGGUAGGCUGUGGAGGGAAGGCUGCGAGGCGGGGCAGUGGUGGCUUGAAGACGUGUGUAUGUGUGUGUGUGUGUGUGUGUAUGUGUGUGUGUAGGGAGGGAGUGAAGUGGAUCGGAGGAGUGUGUGUGUGUGUGUGUGUGUGUAGGGAGGGGGUGAAGUGGACGGGAGGAGGGCCGAAGGUGGAGGGAGUUGGCGACGAGGGGGUGGAGAGAGGGAGGGGAAACCGGAGGAAGCGAGCGGCGGCUGCCGGGGGAGGAAGGCAAGGAGGAGGAGCCGGAGCGGCGGCGGUGGCGGCUGCUGCUGCUGCUGCGGCCGCCUGGGGAGCCCAGCCGAGUGCCGCCUGGGGCUGCGGGGAGUGAGGGGAGACGGAGAGUUCGGUGGAGCCCGGGCAGCGGAGCCGAGCAGCGGAUUGGCCAACGGCUCCUUUCAACCCUGCCUCGUUGGUGGCCACUGGAGAAGCGCGGGGGGCUCCCCAGACAGCCGUGGGGACAAGUUAGAGCCAGCACUUUAUCCCGGGCCUCGCGUGUAGCUUUCCCUCCCCUGUUCUAGGUGCCCCAGUGUCCAGAGGGGGGUGCGGGUGUGCCCUCCUUACAUGUUCCACCGCCCGGGCAACCCUUCGGUCUCGUGUUCCAUCUCGCUCUUGCUUCCUGUACCGUAGUCAAGUGGAGCCACUUUGCAUCAUGUCCCGGUAUAGCUACCAAAGUCUCCUGGACUGGCUCUAUGGGGGCGUCGACCCCAGUUUUGCAGGCAAUGGGGGCCCCGACUGUGCUGCCUUCCUGUCUUGGCAGCAGCGGCUGCUGGAAAGUGUGGUGGUCCUGACCCUGGCCCUGUUGGAGAUCCUGGUGGCCCUGCGGCACAUCCUGAGGCAGAAGGAGGACGGUAGGGGUGGCCGUAGCAGCCAGCCACAGCAGGUGACCCAGCGGCCAGAGGAAGGCAAGGAGAGCCUGAGCAAGAAUCUGCUCUUAGUAGCCCUGUGCCUGAUCUUCGGGGUGGAGGUGGGCUUUAAGUUCGCCACCAAGACCGUCAUCUACCUGCUCAACCCUUGUCACCUGGUCACCAUGAUGCAUCUCCCCUUUGAACUAGAGAUUUACUACAUCCAGCAUGCUAUGCUCUACGUGGUCCCUGUCUACCUGCUUUGGAAAGGAGGUGCUUACACCCCAGAGCCCCUCUGCAAUUUCCAGUGGGCUCUUCUCUCGACUGGCCUCAUGUUCUUUUACCACUUCAGCUUCCUGCAGAUCCUCGGCCUGGUCACCGAAGUGAAUUUGAACAACAUGCUGUGUCCGGCCAUCUCAGACCCAUUCUACGGCCCCUGGUAUCGCAUCUGGGCCUCGGGACACCAGACUCUCAUGACCAUGACCCACGGGAAGCUGGUCAUCCUGUUCUCAUACAUGGCUGGGCCCUUGUGUAAAUAUCUGCUGGAUUUGCUCCGGCUUCCAGCCAAGAAAAUAGACUAAAGGUGCUUGGGGUUUUGUUUUUGUUUUAGUUCUGUUUGUUUUUUUGUUUUGUUUUUGUUUUUGUUUUUGUUUUGUUUUGUUUCUUCCUGAGGAAGCAAAUCCAGACUUGACUCAGAAUACUCAGCUCUUGAUGAAAUCACUGGAGAGGGCAGAUAGAGUGCUUGGUUUAUUUCCUUUCCCCUCCUCUCUGGCCCUUUCCUCCACUACUCUUCCUUCCCCAGCUCCUCCCCUCGGAUGACUCUUGGUACCCAGGGAAGGUGCUGGGGGCUGGAGCUUACUCCUUUUCCUUCCCUGGGUUCUGGGUCCCUUGUGUGGCCCACCCCGUCUGCGUGGCCUUACCCAGGGAAAUGGUAGUCAGCGGCCCCUUCCAUACGGCUUGUCGGUGCUUUUGACAACAGCCAGUUGAGGAAGGGGAGGACAACGAGCAGUAGUUCUUCCAGCAUCCCAGCAAUGAAGUAGUGUUGGGUUCAUUUCUCCACUGCCAGGGACCUCCAGGCUCAUGCUGGGAUCCCCUUUCAUCUCCAGCAUAGCCCCCCACCAGAAGGGGACCAAGGCCUUGCUUCUAUACCAGCCGCAAGCCCAGAGCCAAGGGACUUCCCAGUUCACAGCCAAAAUAGAUUCUUUCAGUGACUGGUGUCCCAUGACUGAAAGCAGGGAGUCACCCAGCCACUCCUUCUAAGGGAGCUGCCUGGGGCGGAUGAUGAUAGCAGUGUGCAGCCAACGGACAAGAUUCUGUACAGGGGUGUUAGGGAUCUGUUGCCACAGUGAAUCUCAAGGGAAGAUGAUAAAGGCGUACAUAGUACCAGGCUGGACGACCCCCCACCACAGAAAACCAACCAACCUUCCCUAUGAAAGCUGAGAUUAGAUCCACAUCUAAAAUGAGCAUAGAAAUUAAGAACUCAACUAAGUCAAGUGGCAACUUGAGAAAGCCACAAUAUGAAUCACACUCUGCAUCACAUGGAUAAUAGGCAGUGUUCUAGUCUCAGCUGACCCGGAACCAUCCUCAUUGUCUGUGUAUGUGCCUGUCUGUUUUUCUGUCUGAGGCAGCUUCAUGGAAGAACGAGCUGGGCUUGGGGCUUGGGUGCUGUUUGGCUGUUUGUCUUUUGGCUGUUUGAAAUGGGGGAACCGUCACAUUUCUCAAAGGUACUCUCGAGCCAUUCCUGGCACUUAGGAGGUGUGUCUAUGGUUCCUGGAGGGCGUUUUCUGAGGGUUAGAUUUCUCUUGUGUAGCUCGACUCUGCUGAAGUCGACAUCACUGGUUUUGAGGCUUGAUAGUGUCCAAAACCCAUAUGUAGGUUGAAAGGGAACUCUCAGUGGACCUGAGGCCCAUAGGUUCAAGUGUUCUGAAGGGAGGCGCUUUGGUUGGAAGGUACUUGGUUAUAUGUGGACCACAAAGGGGACCAGUGUCUGUCUAUCUGCUGACUCCUUGUCAACAUCUAGUAGGAAGAGAUUUGCUUGGGAAUAGAAAUGUUUGUACCAUGAGCACCCCAACGUCUCGUGCCAGAUGCAGUAUUCAAUGUGAGUUUGUGGGUAUUAGGCCUCAGCUGAACUUCAGCAGCUCAGUGGCCAUGUUUCUAGACAAUGGACUUUCAGGGAAAGUAUCUGCAGGAAAGCACACGGGAACUCAGAGGAGCCAUUGUGGGACGGGCUGCCUGGCCAUGAGGUGAUCAAGUCUGAGGUACUGAAAGCAGGGAAGAACUCUAGGCUUGCUGCCCUUGAGCUCCUGUCCUGGCAUCUUCGCCUUCUGCUGUCUGUGAGGGCUAUGCUGAGCUUCCCUCUCUGACUCUUCAGGUACUGACUCGCCCUGCCCACUCAUAGAAGUUGGUGGAUGAAUAGCAUGCAGGGAAGCCUCCUUGGCCUGGGGCUUCUCUGUAAGGAGGCAUCAUAGGAGGGGAGUCCAUGAGGCCCGAAACAUGGAGCUGCUACCUGCAGCGGUGGAGGGCCUCAGCAGAGGGGACCAACUCCAGAAUGUCAUCGAGGUGGGAGUGCCACACAUACUCCUUUCCCAUCUGAGGCUUCAUGGUCCAGGUCGCCGGUAAUCUUGGGUUUCCCUGCAUUGGCCUGCCUUUGCUUUGGUGCCAGCUCGGUAGGUAUUUUCUGGUGCUCAGAGGAAGAGUGGAAAUCCAAAGCCAGGAUACCUGGCAUGGCCAAGCCAGAGUCAAACAUACGUGUCAGGAAAGAGGAAGUGAAGGGGACACGCAGGGGUCGAGGUUGGCUAAGGAAGCUGAAUGAAACAGAUUGUGGCUCCUUCAACAGACUCCAUAGGGAGGCUCAGCCUGGGUGUGAGAUGUUGGGGAGCAGGGGACCUGUGAGAUGUUGGGGAGCAGGGGACCUCUUCACUGUCUAUAUAUCGUGGUCCAAACCUACAUGGCAAGAGGUAACCUGCCUAGGCUCUUAGCACUUUGCUGUGGGAGUUGUCCCUAGGUCUGUCCAGAGCCUACCCUCUACUGCCUGUGGUACAGGGAUGGAGAAGACAGUAUGCCUUGACUUGGCAGCUCCUCCUCGGGCCUGUCGUUCCCUACCAGCAUGUGUGAGCUCUGGGCCUGGGCAAGAGUGCUCAGAGAGGUGCCUAUCAGGAAGGAACAAAGUCUCUUCAAGCCCUAAUUGUCCGUGGUCAGGGGGCUGCGCCAAUAAGUACAGUUGGCUAAGCCAGUGUCUCUGCUUAGAGGUCCUUCCUGCCCCCAGUAUUUGGUUUUGUGUAUAUAAGACUUGGCCCAGCAUCUUCUCAGAAGCCUUGCAGCAUGGUCUUCUGUCAUCCUGUGACAUGCUGUGGGAUUGGAGAGCCACCUCCUCCUCCUCUUUAAGUCUGUCUUCUGUCUUUCUGUGGACUUCUUUGUACCUGUGGGGGUGGUCUAUGGGGUCUAUGUGCACUUUAAUCUAUGGUGCCUCUGGUAGGGGUUUGCUAUAUGUGAUCAUAUGGGUGAUUCAGUGUUUCAUGAUGUAAUUACAAGUUUCUCAUGGAUAGCUCAGUGUCAACAGUGGAACUGGGGCUGGGUAAUGUCCUGAGCUGGGUGUUUAGGAGAUGGCACCGGGCCCCUUUUAACUCUCUGCCAAAUAGACUUCCCUGGGAAUUCUGGCACCUGUCCUCUUUGGGACAAGGGUUUCUUAAUGGUUUCUACUGUAAGGGAGGCCAGAAGCAGGGGGCGGGGGAGGACAAGACAUCGCUUCUGGUUUUUUGUGAGCCAGGAACAGGUUUCUCUGGCAACUUGGGAAGUCCCCAGACUAGGAAGGAGCAUCCUGUCUCCUCCUGGUCCAGCUGUCCCUGAGGUAAAAGUCCAUUAGAGGAGUCAGUCUUCCUCUGGUAUAUGCAGUGUGCUCACUGUGUGCAGGAAGACCAAGUGGCUUGCUGUUGCCCUCGUCUGUGACACUUUUGUACACUGAUUUGCCACUCAUGGCACUGAGCAGACAUCCAUCCCUACUCAGUGAAAAACCAGUCAAAAGCAAAAGUCCUUUGAAGCAGAAGUUGAUGCUUUGGAAAACUCUUGACUUAUUUUGGUGUCAACAUUAUGUUAGAUUUGAAAGCAUUCUUCGUGUAUUUGAUGUAAUUGUAGCGAAGAGAGCAGGAUUGAAUGGUGUUCAGUUAUUUCUUCUGGGACAUGGAAAGCCUGUCCCCCAUCCUUCUUCUGAAGCCGAGUCUGCUGUGUACUGUUACCCUCGAGGGAGCGCAGGGCUCUUCUGAGAGCCGGUCUCUGAACUGCUGCUUCUGGGACAUGCUUCCCCACCUCCUCCAGUCUACCUCCCCUCUUGGGGUGUUUUUGUAAUGUGCUUUCUCUGUUUUGUAAAAUCCCUUUGAUUGUAAUGAAGUGGGUUCUGCAGCCACCUUUUGGAAAUAAAUGGUCCUUAAAUUGUGUACUUAGCAUUUUGAAUCUUAGCCUCAGGUGUUUCUGCUGUUGAAGAUUCCUGAAUGAAAAGAAACCCUCCCCAUGGGACUUAUUGUUACAAUGUUUUCUUCAUUUACUGUUAUUAAAAGAUUUAUGAGAA